AGCUGAGGGAGUGUGAGGUAUCAUGGCAGUAGGUACUGAAGUUGCCUAUUUAGACUGUAUAUAUUCCCGGCCGUCUUGGCUUUCCGUUCAUUCGGCAAGUAUGGGGAUACGGAUACUCUUUCUACUGUCGCCAUGGCGUACCGUUCUUGGUUUUCGUAUGGCAUCAGCCGCCCAUACCCCUUAAGAUGGUUUACCCCAGUGGUCUGCGUAGGUGCUGUAAUAGCGAUUGCGCUCGUUUCGUUCAUCAACGUAGCGGCCACGGGUUACGAACUCGUACCGACUUCGACCCCCGAUCCAAAUGGUACAGAGUCGAACAGCUUGUGGUUUUCUAAAUGGCCGUCAUACUUGGUGGGAGCUCAGGCUUCUUGCGAUCCAACGACCAUACCGAUCCAAAACACCAUUUACACCGACAAGAAGGCGUUCCCGUACACGCUAGGCAGGGUCUGGCAGACGGGAGGAGACGGUGUCCACACCUACCAGGGAUCACUGAUAUACAAAAACAAUCCCAUCCAAAGCUGUAACAUAACCAAAGUCCAGAUUCAAUUUGAAGGGCCAGAUCGGACAGCUGGGCAACUUGAAAUCAUCACGGUGGGCGGAACUGUAACCACGACGACAGAGUGCUACAUAGACGCCGGCUCGCCCAGCGGCCGCACGUACUUCCAGCUCAUCGCAACAUACGACGCCAUCCCGCCGCCCAAUCUCGGGUCUACCACGUUCCUCACCCUCAACAAAACGACCGAGCCUAGCAUGUUCUGGGGCUACUCGAUGCUGAACGUGUACUGGCGCACCGUGAUGCAAGAUUUCUUCAACGAGAACAUGAAGCGAACCCCUCCCCCCUUUUUCAAGGGCACCCUGAGCCUGCACCGCAACACCACUCUCCCCGGCACCAUCGAAGAGCAGGUCACCAGCCCCGAGUUCUUGUUCGUUCGGGCCUGCUAUUUCAUCCCGCUGAACUCCACCGGCGUCGCGUACCUGCAGAGCAGCUACUGCAACACAAGCUCGAUCACCGAGCUAGCCGCGAGCACGCCGGCCUUCGAGCGGCCGCUCCCGGGAAUAUGGCGCUCCGUCGGGACGCUCGGCAAGUCGAUGUGGUUCACCGUGCUUGCGGACCUCGGCCGCAACGACGCCUUGAUGCCCAACAUGCUCGCGCAGCCCGACCUCCUCGCGAACCUGACCGCCAACCUAACACAGGCGAACCUAACCCUAUCCCAUCACUUCCGCCAGUUCGACUUCGACAGCAACAUCUUCCUGCAGUCUUUCGACCCCUCGCAGCCCCUCGCCGUCCCGCUGAAGGUGAACCAGUCCGUGCUGACGACCGACUACCUGUGCCAGGUGCCGCAGCUGAAGUCCGGGGGCAACCUGUUCGUGUCCGUGCUGGUGGCGGACCUCGCGAUCCUGCAGGGGAUCUGGGCGGCGUUCACGUUCCUGGUCGGCUGGUUCUGGGUCAAGAAUGGGGAGGAGGCGGAGUCAUGCGCGGUUUGCGCAGCUGCUGCCGAGAGGCCGAGGAGCGAGGAAACGAUUAGGGGGGGUUACAAGUCGGUUGCGAAGAAUGAUUCGGAGAUGGAAGUCUCGGAAAACCCGAGGUCUAUUUCGCCUUGACGGCUGGAUAUGCCGGUAGGGCGGGGUUGCUGACGGGGUAUAGAAAUGAUUGGUGUAUUGCAUCCGCUAAGAUGGGUGGUAACUCUUGAAAUAAACAUUCGAUGUAAGGAUAAUGGCCUAGCUACUGAGUAGCUAGGAGGGUGAGAUACUGAAAAGCAACAUGGGCGAAUAUACGAUUGUAGUAAGACUACUUAGGUACUGACCUAUAUUCAUCUCUAUUCCAGUUCCGAUCAUCCUCGCAACGUCUAUAACACGUGUAGGUAUAACACAGUAUGAUAAGACACCUCUAUGCCUAUUAGCCUUACUGAGCUUUCACAGAAAUAAUCACUGGAGAGAGAAACCUAAUACGUGUCUAGCAAAGCUUACUCUGUGCGGAGUAGUUCUUGCAUAGGCAUUCACCCAGAUUUACCGAAGUCAGAUGGGCAAGUAGACAGUCCUGAACACCGACCGCAGCGCCGAGGGUAUCGGGCCGCCUAUGGCCAUAGUCUCUAAGGAGAAGUGACACUGCAUCCUCGCCACGAUGCGCAAUACCGCCAGACUCGAGGGUGCUUAGCUGGUAUAAUAGGUAGGCACAUGUGACACCAAUUGUGAGUAGAAACAACUUGAGGAGAUUAGAGAACCUCGCCGAGCUUGGGUCGCGUGCUAAGGUAUUAAGGUGUUAUUGACAGCGGUGAUGGCAUUGAUAACGUGGAAUUUGCAAAAAGA